AACCUGAACACACGUUAAAGUUUCUUAGAUUUAGCAAAAAUCAAUCAAUAUUGUAAAUUACCUGAAAUAAUUGAGGUUAUUGUUCGAUUUGACAGUUAAAAGCGCGCGAAACGGUUGAUCAUAGAGCGUUUUGUUUAUUUUAUUUUUUAUUGAAAGUAAACAAAGGCGUUGUGUUUUGCUUUGUUGACGGUUGGCUGAAGUUUGGACUGCUUGUUUAUAAGCACGAUGCCGUCUGAAGUGAUAUCGGAGAAGUCUCUGCAGCGUGAGCUGGCGGACUCCAUCAUCAGGAUGGUGCCUCUGGACGAGAUCAGAAUACUCCUGGCUUGUGGUGCAAAGGUGAACGAGCCAGUGACCCAGGGUCUUCGGCCGCUCCACUACGCCAUCUGGCAGCGGUACCUGGAAGCGACCAGGCUGCUGCUGGUCCGCGGAUGUGACGUCAACGCCAGGGAUGACUGCGGGUACAGCGCUCUGCAUUUGUCUUCUGAACAUGGGUACACCGAGCUGGUGAAGCUGUUGUUGGAGAGUGGAGCGGCGGUGGACUACAGGGUGGACACUGGUGAGGAAUUCCCGAGAACCACGCUUUGUGACGAACCCUUGCGACUUGCCAUCAGGAACAAGCAUUAUGACGUAGCCCGCCUGCUUCUUGAACACGGCGCGGACCCCAACAAGCGCUACUUCUUCGGCUCGGAGAUCAACCUGGUCUCCGACCCUGAGUAUCUGGAGCUGCUGCUGACCUUCGGAGCCAACCCUGACUCCAGGGACAGAGCUGGUCUCACGCCGCUGAUGAAGGCAGCUAGGCAGAGAAAGGGUAUGGAUGCCGUCCUGCUGCUUAUCAGCUACGGAGCUGACGUGAACGCGAUGGCGGACGCCAGGAAUGACUACAGGACGGUCAUGCAUUACGCCGUUUUGGGGGGUAACACAGAAGUAGUGAAUCUGCUGAUAAAACAAGGCGCCCGUGUCAAUUACGAAUGCCCGGAGUUGAGUAAGCCCAGUCCUCUCGACCUGGCCAUAUUGAAGGGUGACGUAGCUAUGCUGCAGAUGCUGCUGUCAGCUGGUGCUCAAGUGAACGCAUCAAGUUCUGUUAUUGGCUCUCCACUACACGUCGCGUGCUCCGACAAUAUUACGAACAGCAAGGAAAUUAUUAAAAUCCUUCUAGAGAGUGGAGCCGACCCGAAUCUGAAGGUGUACAAUGAUGAAGACGCGACCCAGCUGCGACCAGCUCUAGCGGAGUACCUCGCCAGCAAUGAAGAGCCCAGUGCUGAAAUCAUCUCCAUGCUGCUCAGAUAUGGCGCUAGGGUAAUAAUGAAAACUCAAUUCCGCGACCCAGACGGCAUCCUGAACCACCUCCAGAACGUCACUUCACCCGAGUACCAGCACAUCUUCUACCAACUUCUAGAGGCUGCGGAAUCUUUCGACCUUUGCAUGAUAAAAAGAAACAACACGUUGACGCCCGCGCAAAAACAAACCCUAAUUGAGCGCGCGAAAACUCCUAUUUCCUUGAUAGCUCAAUGUAGAAUCUAUUUGCGCAGAUUCUUCAGAACCGAUUUGAUAAAAAUCGUUGAAAAGCUAGAUGUGCCUACCACGCUUCACCGUUACCUCCUAUUUGAAUGCAGUUAAAGUUUAUGAAUUUAUUUUUUGGGAUUUAAAUUGGCUGUUUAAAGGCAAUUUCUUAUGCCGUAUCUUUGAAUAAAAAAAAUAUUUUGUGUUAUCAGUAUUCAAAGAUCUCCUGAAUUUUAAGGGAACUUCUUAGCAAGGUACCCCUUUUGAUUGAUAACGUUUUUCUUUUGUUUCCGUAAGGGAAAAUGUAUUUUUUUAUUAUUGGAGGUUGACCUAAUGAAGGUCUGAACUGUUUUGAUGGCGAGGAACGUAAUUAAGUAAUAAUGUGUUUAUUAUUAAUUUUCUUAGCGUCAGCGAUUAUAAAAAAGUAUUUCUUUUUGUAGCUUUCCGUGUAUAUUGAUAUCUACAUCAAUUUCGUUUGAUCGAAAAUUUGUUUUAAAACAAUAUGAAAAUACGAUUGUAAGUUUUUUUCUUAGUCGAAAGCCAUAAAUUUUCUUUUCAUUGUGUGUAUAAUUUUUACUUCAGUAUAGUCACCAAAGAUUUAGUUUUAUUUUUGUGAAAAUAAGAGCUUUAGAGUUUUGGUUUAUGUUUUCUUAAUAAUUAUAUAAAAAUAAUAAUAAUGGAGACUGCUGAUUUUAUGUAUUGAAUAUUUUAUAAAGUAUUAAGUGAUGUACUCUUAUCGUCUGAAACAUGUUUAUAACUAUGUGAUACGAUGUGAUAUAUUCAUAAUUUAAGUUUAUGUAAGUGAUUCACGUGUUUAAAUACACGAAUCUGUACUGUACCUA